CGCAGUGACGCAGCGUUUCCCGUCUGGUUCCGCCUCCUCUCCCUCCGAGCAGCGCGGAGCCGAACCGUCCCGCUGCACCGAACACUCUUCACCGGAACACGGAUUCUGAUGUGAGGACGUCAGGACCGGAGCCGGGCCCGGAGGGACGCAGCGGUCCAGGAGUUCCUCAGCCAGAAGCUUCACAUGGACUGAGGUCCAGAGGAGAAGAUGGAGGCAGCUGGACUCAGAAGAAGACGGAAUAAAAAAGCUCCCAUCGGUACUUUUCUGCUGCUAAUGUCUUUGUUCCUUCCAGCUUCAUGUCUGCUAGAAGAAGUCAAGAAGCAGCCGACGUGUCCACACGGAGACUACCUGACCGAGGAGGGCAUCUGCUGCAACAAAUGUUCUCCAGGGUUUAAGCUGGUGGAGAAGUGCCAUGCUGUGGGCCAGAGGAGCAACUGCACCGCCUGCCCUGCCGACCAGUUCACCGACCAGAUGAACUUCACUCCAAACUGCAGACGGUGUCGACGCUGCAAACAGAAGAAUGAGGAGGUGGCAGCACCAUGUGAGCGACACCAGAACACCGUCUGCCGCUGUAAGAAAGGUUUCUACAGGUUCAGGAUCGACUCGGAAACAUCCGAGUGUCGCAGAUGUUCCACAUGCAGACCAGACGAGCAGCAGGAACACCCGUGCUCCCAGGACGAGAACACGGUGUGUGGAUGUAAGGAGAACUUCUACAGAGGAACCAGAGGAGUGUGUGAAGCCUGCAAGAAUUGUUCUGACGAGUGCAAACUUCACUGUACUUCACCUCCGAUGCUCAACACCAAAGGUCCUGAUAGAACCAACAGUCUGGUCCCGGUGGUUGCUGGAGUUGCUGCAGUUGCAGCCGUGACGCUCGUUUUGGGAAUUUUCAUCACCUACAUGACAACAAAACGCUUCACGAAGAGAAAGCUGCUCAAACCGUCGUCCCAACUGGCCGAGGCUUCCCCCGACUCCUGCCAGGAGUCUCUGGUCUACAGUGAGGAACCUUCGGAGAACAAUGUGAAGGCUCAGAGCUGCGUGAUGGACCAGGAGACAUCCAACCUGCCCGACUGUGUUCCUCUGGAGAUCCGGAUCCCUGAGCUCAUCUACUCGGUGCUGGAUCUGGUUCCGGUGCUGCAGGUGAAGCAGCUGGUCCGGUGUCUGGGCGUGAAGGACUCGGAGAUCGAGCAGGCCGAUCUGGACCACCGGUCCUGCAGGGAGGCCCACUACCAGAUGCUGCGGGUUUGGGCCGAGCGAGGCUCCCGAGCAGCCGGCGGAGGAAGAGCGCUGCUGCUGCCGCUGCCGCUGCUGCAGGAGCUGAUAGACAAACUGAGGCUGAUGCAUCUGGGCCGGGCUGCCGAGGAGCUGGAGACCAAGUACUGCAUCCAGUGACCCGCUGGGGAACCGACGGAACCAAGUAAUGUUCUGAGGAGGCCUCAGACGAAUUCGGUGCUGAAAGAAAGGACACCAAACUUUUCUCGAACUGAACUUCUGUUCAGAACUUUACCCAAAAUAAAUGUUUAUAACACGACGUUCCGACUCAGGUUCUGCUGGUUCUGAGUCAAGAUGAAACCUGCAGGUUCUCCGAUGGGUUGAGCGUAAAUAUGAAGCUGCAGUUGUUAGCAGGAAGUCAGGAAACCGUCUGAAGAUCAGCAGCAGUCUGGAAGUCACUGAAGAAGAUUUAACACAGAAUCACUGAUGUCUGUUAAGAUCUGCAAACAUCAUCCAGAGAAACAAUAUUCACCAUAAACUGACGAUUAAUCAGUUAAUCAAAAACUAUACUAUACUAUAUACUAUAAUAAUUAUUAAGCUAUAAUGAUUCAUUGAUUAAUCAUAAACUAUAAUAAUCAUAAGCUAUAACAAUUAAUCAUGAACAAUAAUGAUUAAUCAUAAGAUAUAAUGAUUAGUCAUAAACUAUAAUGAUUAGUCAAUUACUAAUAAACUAUAAUGAUUAAUCGAUUAAUCAUUAACUUUAAAGUUAGUCGUCAAUGUUUUUAUUUAUUCAUUCUAUAAAUGUGGAUAUUUUCUGGUUUCCAGCUUUUUAAAUCACAUAUUUAAUGUUUUUAAGCCGUAUUUAACUGCAUUUUAAUCCACUCUGUUAUUAUUUCACACAUUUGAUGGUUUUUUUAAUCAAAGGAAAAACUAUGUUUAUUAGGAACUGAAAAAUCCUGAAUAAUUUUAGAUCUCUUAUUUCACAUCCACGUCAAAAAACAAACUAUGACUGUUACAAAUAGUAAUUUGUUCUUUUUUAAGUGUUUAAGUGUAAAAAACAAACAAAAAAAAUCUAUAUUUUUUUGAUAUUUUCUGUUUUACAGUAUUCCACAUUAACACACUUCUGGAACACCUGAUGCCACAUUUUCAAGUUGUUGGAGUUUUUUUUGUCUCGUUUUUGUCAUUUUGUGUCUUGUUUUUGUCAUUUUGUGUAUCAGUUUUGCUGUUUUAUGUCUCGUUUUUGUCAUUUUGUCUCAUUUUUGUCAUUUUAUGUCUCAUUUUGUCAUUUUGUGUAUCAAUUUUGCUGUCUUAUGUCUCGUUUUUGUCAUUGUCUCAUUUUUGUCAUUUUUGUCAUUUUGUGUCUCAUUUUUAUCGUUUUAUGCCUCGUUUUUGUUGUUGUUCUGGUUGAAUUCUUCCUUUUUGACUUCCAGACUGUGUUUCCUGCAGGUGAGCAGAACUUUCCAUCGUUCUGUUUCUGUACAAACUUGAACUGUUGUUUUAUUUGAGCUACAAAUGAUGUUGGACGACUUGUUUCAUGUUUUUAUGCUAAGCUAAGCUAGGCUAAGCUAACUGGCUGCAGCUGUAGCUUCAUAUUUUCUGCCAGUGAGACAGAAAAUCAACACAUUUCCAAAAAGUCAGAGACCGUUUCAGGCUGAUUAUGGAAACAUGUGACAUAUAUAUAUUCGACUGAUGAAUUCUAAAUGUCUGAUUUUAUUCUGUAUUAUACUUUCUUUAAAGAGUUUUAUAUGUCGUAUACUUUAUAACUGUUUCAAUGUGAAUGUUAUUGGGUUUCUCUUUGUUCCACCAGCGUCAUAAAGUUAACUGGUGAUGUUUUAGACAGUUCCCCGCUGCUCAGGUUCUUCCAUAACAGCAGAGUGGAAGGUUUACUGGCAGCAGCUCCUUUAGCAUUCCUUUAUGCCCCAUCAUAGCAGCAUUAUUCAUUAUCCAGGACAUGCCUCACCCAGCACAAACACUCCGGCUGAAGCAGAAAACUGUUCACGUCGAGCUUCUGAACUCUAUUAAACGUCUCCUGAACUGUG